GCCGUGUUACGUAGAGAUAGGCUGUGUGGCUGUGGGGGCACUCGUUGGUAAUCCUGUUGCUAAUAGUAGCCAGAAAAAGUGCUUAGUUCACGUUAACGUCCUAUAUAAUAAUCGAUCGCAACAGCAGCAAUGGAUACGGAGGUAGUUUUUAUGUAACCCAAAGAAAGACUGACAUCAGAUCACACACCCGUUCAGCACACCGUCAACAGAAGGCUGCAGGAUGUAUCACAAGGAAACGAGCAUCCAGAUAAAAAACAGCGCAUCGGCGCUGUAUAACAACCUCAGCGUGCUGCGGAUCGCCCCGAGGCGCCUCACCUACUUCACGGUGGUCCAUGCCAACGUGGUCAACAUGGUCAGCGCGUCCUGGGACGGGGUGAACUACUCACACCGUCAGCUGCAGUCCAAGGAGCCGAAUGUCGCCACAAGCACAUCGCUCAUCAUGCAGGCUGCAUUCUGUGGUCUCCCCUCCCGUGAUCUUCUGGUGGUGACUUCCCAGAAAGGCAUCCAGAUGUACGAAUCCGAUGGCUCCAUCAUGGUGUACUGGCAUGCUCUGGAUACUCCAGAAACACCUGCAGAACAGGCAGUGUUUGCUCGAGGGAUAUCGGCAGUUUGGGAGAAUUACAUAUGUGUGGGUGUUUCAUCAGGUGCAAUUCUAGUAUUUGACGUUCCCAGCAAAGGAAGCAACAUUACCCUGUCUGAGGUCCUGGAGGAGCACAAGGAGUCUGUCACUGAUAUGGCCUCGGAGUGUUCUGGCAGCCAGGAGUGCAUAGCUAAUCUGGUCACUGCAGAUGAUGGGGGAAACCUGUGUGUGUGGAAGUCUGGGGAGGAAUUUCAGCUCCUCAACAAGAUCCACGGUUUUGAUAUGACCUGCUCCUCUGUAAAGCUGUGGAAAGGAACCGUGGUGGCCGGCUAUGGCACGGGCCAAAUCCGACUCUAUGAGGCAGUGACAGGAAUCCUGCAUGCUGAGGUCAAUGCUCAUGCUCGCUGGAUAUACUCACUAGACAUCGCUCCUUUUUCAGGAAUGCUUCUGUCUGCCGGUGAAGACUCUCUAGUCAGGGUGUGGCACCUGACUAUGACUCCAGAGACUAACAGUGUGGAGGUUGCCCACUUGCAUAAUGAGUGUGUGACAGACACUCAGAUAUGUGGCGCCAAGUUCUGCGAUGGCGAUGGUUACGCUUUUGCAGUGACAGGCUACGAUCUGAGUGAGAUCAUCCGCUACGUACAGUCGUAGAGUUUCACUGAGGGUUAGCGUGUAUAUUUGUAUUUGUUAUACUGAUCUGAGUAUAUUUGAUAUAUUGAAUGUAAACAUUUCACAGUGUUUCUGUCUAUCUACAAAGGCUAGAGCGAGAUUAACAUAUGUAAAGCGUGUAAAGUUUCUGUACAUAUUAUAUUAAGUACAAAUUAAUGUGGAUGUAACUUUAAAAAAAAAAAAAGUAAGGUAAUUUUCACUUUAUAUUUCUUGUUUCAAACACGUACACCAAUAAACAUUUUGUA